GUAGACGAGGAGCUGCGGAAGCAGAAAUUUGUUCUCAUUCUUCUCCGCAGUCAGUAAAACGCAGUGUCCAUAGCUGAGAUGUAACGCAAUUUUAUUAAAAAAAUUAUCUAGCAAAUUUGAUGCCCUCACCCAGUGGAUGUGUUUUGUCUUUCGCUUCCCGGGAAUAAAGCUCAAAGCGGGGGUCGCCUCUUCGGGAGGACUUGUUGGUUCCCACCCUCCGUGACGGAUAUCAGGAAGAAGACAGAAUGGCCGAACCGGAGCUUCUGUUGGACUCCAACAUCAGACUCUGGGUGGUUUUGCCCAUUGUCUUCAUCACCUUUCUUGUCGGCGUGAUUCGCCAUUAUGUAUCAAUUCUUCUGCAGAGUGACAAAAAGUUGACCUUAGAGCAGGUUUCAGACAGCCAGGUUCUUAUUCGGAGCAGAAUUCUCAGAGAAAAUGGAAAAUACAUUCCGAAACAGUCCUUUUUGAUGAGAAAGUUCUACUUCAACAACCAAGAGGACGGCUUUUUUAAGAAGACUAAAAGGAAGGUCGUUCCACCGUCUCCCAUGACAGAUCCCAGCAUGCUGACGGACAUGAUGAAGGGCAACGUCACCAACGUGCUUCCCAUGAUCCUCAUUGGUGGCUGGAUCAACUGGACCUUUUCUGGAUUUGUAACAACGAAGGUUCCCUUCCCUCUCACUCUGCGUUUUAAGCCUAUGUUGCAGCAAGGAAUAGAACUCCUCUCAUUGGAUGCUUCCUGGGUGAGCUCAGCUUCGUGGUAUUUCUUGAAUGUCUUUGGACUGAGGAGCAUGUACUCCCUCAUAUUAGGUCAAGAUAAUGGUGCUGACCAGUCGAGGAUCAUGCAAGAACAGAUGAGUGGUGCUGCCAUGGCCAUGCCAGCAGAUACAAAUAAAGCUUUCAAAGCUGAGUGGGAGGCACUAGAGCUAACAGACCACCAGUGGGCGCUAGAGAGUGUGGAGGACGAACUGAUGAGCAGGGAGCUGGACUUUGAUGGCAUGUUUAACAAGGAGCUGCCAAGUGGCAUCUUCUGAUUGCCUGGUCUAAAUUUAGUCAUUGCAGGGAUCCGUUUUUGUCUUUUCAUAAUGUGCAACGUUUACACGUUUAUGGUCAUUGUUCUUUCAAAUAUUCCUUUUCCAGUCCUGACAAAAUCUUAAGCUACUGAAACACUCUAGCUGUCUCAUGUCGAUGAAACACAUUUGAGUUGCUAUUUUAUUUACAAGGACAUAUUUUGGAUUGUUGAGAGGACAUAUUUCUUAUUGAAACUGCAUUAUGAUCGUCUUGUAAGUGUAUGCAUUCAUAAUACUACUGGGUACAGUCCCUUUUCUCCCCAUGUAUAAUUAGACUAUUUCCAUUUCCAAUGCAUCAUGACUCAACAACAGGACAAAACACAUUGUGCAGGUGUCAGGGUCUUAACAUAAUAAACAAUAUAGCCUCUC